CUUAUAAUACCCUUCAGCAGAGGGAUCAGAGCUUGGCCAUAUCGCAGAAAACCUCCCUGGUUAAAAUCCCCCACCAGAGAGAAAAAGUCUGCAGACCUGUAGGCGUAACCAUCAUAUAGCACCUUCCCUUUCUAAAAGGCUUUAUAUUCUGCAAGCAGAGGACAAGAUUUUGCCAAGAGGGAAAGAUUUUCUUGAAGCAGAAAACUGAAGGACCAAGCUUGGCAAGGAAGGGAUGGAGCAGCAAGCAACCUGACCGAAGUCUCCCCUAGGCAUGUAAGCUACUUACAGAAGGGGGGACCUCUAAGCUCUUCAGCAGGAUGAACAAAACCAAGGGGGCCCUUGAGAGCCCAGAGCUUCGGAGCCCAGGUUGCACACAGAGCAACUCCGUGGCCAGUGAGGCACCACCGCUUGCGUUCGGCCAGCAGGCCACAGACAAAGCCCUGAAUGUGAUCCUUAUUGUGGUCCUCUUUGUCAUCAUGGUAUCUCUGGGGUGUACAAUGGAGAUAGCCAAGAUCACAACUCACCUCAGGAAACCCAAAGGCGUGGCAAUUGCUGUAAUGGCUCAGUACGGCGUCAUGCCCUUGACCGCAUUUGUGCUGGGCAAGCUUUUCCAGCUGGGUGCUAUCGAAUCCCUGGCCAUCCUCAUCUGUGGCUGCUGCCCAGGGGGAAACCUCUCCAACGUCUUUAGCCUGGCACUGAGAGGGGACAUGAACCUCAGCAUUGUAAUGACCGCAUGCUCGACGAUCCUGGCAAUUGGACUAAUGCCUCUGCUUCUGUACCUUUACUCGGGAGGACUAUACGAGGAUGAUUUGGAGGGCAAGGUGCCUUACAAAGGAAUAAUCACCUCCCUGGUCCUAAUGCUAAUCCCCUGUGCCAUCGGCAUCAUCUUGAAUGAGAAGAAACCACAGUACACUGGCUUUAUCAUCAAGGCAGGGAUGGUUGUGUUUCUGCUGUCAUCUGCUGCAAUAAUCGUUCUGUCUGUGGCCAGUGUGGGAAGCAGUAUCACGGCCAUCUUCUCACCAUCCCUCCUGGGAUCUUCUGCCUUGAUGCCUUUUAUUGGAUUCCUGCUGGGCUAUGUUCUCUCCGCAGUCUUCAAGCUUAAUGAACGAUGCAGGCGGACAGUGUGCAUGGAAACUGGCUGCCAGAACGUACAGCUUUGCUCCACUAUCCUCAAGGUCGCCUUCGCCCCAGAAAUCAUCGGCCCCCUGUACUUCUUCCCGCUCCUCUACUUGCUGUUCCAGCUUGGAGAGGGACUUCUGCUGAUCCUGGUCUUUAGGAUCCAUGACAGAAUAAAGAAACCAAAUGAUGCAGCAAAAACGACGCGUGCAGCUGGGGACGCAGUUACUGCUCAAGAAAUGAAACCAACGUCAAGACCCUGCAGAAACGCUGGGAAACCAGGAACACAACACAGGCGGAUCCUGCGGCAGCUGCUGUCGCCACCCCUCCGAGCACCACCUCCUGCAGCCGGCUCGCAGGUCUCUAGCAGUUCUGUGUAAGACACUCAUCCGUGUGCUCAUUUCACGCCACACAAGGGGACCCCCACGGAGCCUUCUGCGGCCUCACCGCUAUUUCCCAAAGACCUUGCUCCACACUAAGCCUCUCCCCGCCUGCCCACGAGGGAGACUUCCAGUGACUUUCAAGUCGUCACGACAACCCUUUGGGACAGCUUAGGGCCAUGGUGCCAAGUGACUGCCCCGGGUUUUGUACGUUUGCAAAUCACUGCCCGCAUCAGUUUCCCUUUUUUAAUUUCACUUACCUGGCAUUGUCCCGCUGGCACAUGUUGGAAGCAGCUCUCAAAGACAUCGCUGAAGAUUCACGUAAUUUCUCUAACACAGACCCAAAACGAGGCGUGAAAGUUUCUCAGUGCAGGGGCCACCAAGACCCUGGGUGCAGCUGAGCAGCCCGUGGGUUGCUGGUCGCUCCCAUUCUCCAGACCCCACGCAUGGUGCGGUGUACCGCCACUGCUCUCCACGCAACAGAGCCCACAGAAACUGAACACGGCCGUGCAAACUGCCUUACUACGUCAAGUUUGGGGCCUGCAAGCCGUGCCUCUGAAAUGACACAAGCCUUGAAUGCUCCCCGCUUUGUAGGAGUCAGCGAACUAAAUACAACACCCCUUCAGGGCACCAUCUAGCUACUGUCACACCACAAAUACGAGGUAUGAGGGAAUACCGGCAUUAAGAGAUCCAAUGUGCUAAGUACGCGUUGUAACCUGAAGUACUCCAUCUGAACUAAGAUGAAUAAACAGGCUUGUACCAAGAACCUCA